AUGCACUUUAAAUUGGCAGUCACCUUUUCUGCCGUCUUGGCGUUGGCCACGGCGGAACAGCGUGUAUCCUAUGAUGGAUACAAGGCUUUCAGCAUCGCCACAACAGAGGAUGGCGAGCCGAUUCGAGAAAAGCUUUCCGAUCUGGAAUUCGUUGCUCUGAGUGUUCACGAGGCCGACGACCAUUUUGAUGUCGCCAUUGCGCCUGAUUCCUUGUCAGAGUUCGAAGCCCUUGGUCUCGAAUCUACUGUCAUCAGUGAGGACCUGGGAGCCGAGUUUGCCGAGGAGAGCGCCUUCGAGGACUACUACAGUGGUAAGCCAAUUGCAAGCGCACCUGCUCUGCCUGCCCUUACGUGGUUCAACUCUUACCAUAGCUACGCGGAUCACCGCCUCUUCUUCAACGAUCUCAAUGCAGCCUUCCCGGCGAACUCGGAAAUCUUUGUCGCCGGAAAGUCAUACCAGGGUCGUGAUAUUUACGGCAUUCACUUCUGGGGCGCAAGUGGCAAAGGCAAGAAGCCUGCGGUCUACUUCCAUGCGACCGUCCAUGCUCGCGAGUGGAUUGCAGCUCCAGUCGAAGAGUACCAGGCAUGGCAACUUAUCAACGGCUACCUCACCAACGAUUCUCAAAUCAAGGCAAUUGUGGACAGCUAUGAUUUCUACUUCAUUCCAUUCGUCAACCCAGAUGGAUUUGUUUACACUCAAUCGACCGACAGACUCUGGCGCAAGAACCGUCAGCCUCGGUCUAGCAGCUCUUGCAUAGGCACUGAUAACAACAGAAACUGGCCCUUCCAAUGGAGUGUCAGUGGCGGCGCGUCUACAAACCCUUGCGCUGAGGACUACAAGGGCUUGGCAGCCGGUGAUACUCCUGAGAUCACGAGCCUUGUCAGCUUCACAAGGCAAAUCGCUACGAAUGGCAUCAAGCUAUUUGUCGACUGGCACAGCUACGGACAGUACAUCUUACAAGGUUAUGGCUACAACUGCAACCAAUAUCCCGCCAACAUCAACCAGCAAUUAUCGGCAGCGAACCAGGUGGCCAACCGCAUUUCCCAGUACAGCGGCGCUCGCUACACGACUGGACCCAGCUGCAGCACCUUGUACGCCACAACUGGAUCUGCGCCCGAUUACCUGACUGGAGUCUCUGGCGCGACAUACGCGUGGACCAUCGAACUCCGUCCUGCUUCCAGUGGCGCCGGUGGUUUUGUUCUCCCGGCCAAUCUCAUUUUGACUACGGCUCGGGAACAGUGGGAGGGAUUGAAGACCUUGUUCGCGGCUAUUUAG